GCUGCAGGGCUGAUACUUGUUCCUCAGCUAUAAGGUCCCGACAGCCUCAGACGCACGCCAAACUUUGUAGGAGGUCAUGUCGCAUGAUCCUCGUGAGUCAGACGAGGAGCACGAUGAAGCAGGCGCUGUGGUUGAUGGGGACACUGAUGACAACGAGGAAUACGGAAGCGCCGGGGAGCAUCCUGAGCACCUUCAUGAGGUACCUUCUGAACACCUACCGGGUUCUUCGACUUCGCAGCUUGACCAUUACGUAACCGUGUCCGAGCGACCCUCUGCAGUGAGCCCACCGUCCCCCACAAGGUCUGCUACACCACCACCGCGUGGCGCAUCCAAUUUCCUUCCUUCCGAAAUCGUUGCGCCUGAAAAUAUAGGUACCAGUGGCCCUCCAAGAACUCGUUCCUCGAGAGUUGAGUCCUUGCGAGUUAACAAUACACGAAGCAAUCGCUUGUCCGGGUUUUUCACGAGUUUUAGACCCAGAAGCACGCAGGCCGUUGCGGAGCGUCCUGUGGAAUCGCGACCGAAUUCUUCGAAGCUGAUAACGAGACCCCCGGAACCACCUCCCCCGUCCUUGUCACCCCCUUCCCUAGAUGAAUUGGGGUUAUCACUGCAAGCGAUAACUCCAAAUCUCUCUCCCUCUCAUUUUGGGACCCCUCCGACUAGUGGAACAUUCAUGCGGCCUCACUUUCUUUUGUUGUGCCACUCUCAAGGCCUGGAUGUUCUUCCUUUGGUUGCGCCCCCGGCUCCUCGAGCUUAUGCUCUUGUAAGACGAGUCCCAUUUAAGAUGGUUGUAGUGAUGGAGGAAAGAGGCGUUUUGGUCGCGAUUGCUGGACGACGCGAUGGCGUCCGUGUUUACGCACUUGAGGAGAUCCGGAAGGUCAUUGAAUGGCGAAUGGAAUUUGAAGUCCAGAGGGAACGGGAGCGGGCUCGGCGGGAAGAGGCGAAAUUCCGGCUGUCCUUUGGUGCUUCAGAAACAAAGAGUAAAGGAGCUCUUGUAAGGCCAGGUGUUUACUCAGUGACUCUGCCGAAUGCUGCCGUUCGACCUCCAACCGCGAAGCAGCGAUCGGUUCCGGUCCCAACGUCUCCUCCGCCACGAUAUGCGAGUAUCGUCACCAAUCUUCCAUCAGUGCCUAUCCUCAACGUUCCACCACCACCUGAUUUCCAAGGUCCGAACUCGUCCAGACGAUCUGGAGACCGAGCAUUAUCUAUUUCCUCUGUUGUAGGGCGGAAAAUUUUAUCAGGAAGUGCCAAGCAUCAAGGUGGUGCUGACGAGAAAACCGAUUGGAUGGACGUUGCAGGAAGUGAUGAAGAAGUGCUAAUUGCUCCGGGGCCAUCUGGUAGCGCAGCAUUGGACGAGAGGACCUCUAACAUGGCAAAUACCCUGAGCCGAGUCCAAGUCCAAUCUCCCGAACUGGGUGACGAUGGUGAGGAGGUUGAGGUCGGCGAACCUGCAGAUCCUCAUCCGCCGUCGUCAAGCCCUAUGCCUAUUGGCCGCCAACACCGGCCUGCAAGCCUCCGCCUCGAGCCCCAAUCCAUGCCAGAUUCAAUUCCCGAUCAAAAUUCCCCCGCCGUCACGCCAUCUUCACCUACUCCAACUGUCUUCUCGCUUCAGCGUGCAAUGAUGCGCAAUAAUGCCCCUCCCCCCUUACCACCGCCUAUCAACCCUUCAGUGCGAUCGAACGAUGUCGUAUCACUGGCCGAGGUUCUUCAAGAGAGCAGAUUACCUGGUCGACCUGUCCCCCUGGCAAGCCUUCGAAUUGGCUCUCACACUGCGUAUGAUCCUCAAGGCAAUGAACCAGAUAUAGAUGCGCCUGAGGAUCCUAUCCCUUCCCCAUCGAACACCGUGGCACCCCCGUCGACGGAUCGUCGGAGAAGACGAUGGUCUGUCAUGGAUACACUACGCCCUGAGCUUCGUCCUCCAUCUGCCUCCAUGGAUGUACCCCGUACACCUAGACUUCAGGUUCCCCGUUCCCCGUCUUUGCUUAAUGGAAUUGUCCCCAGAACCGCCCCUCCUACUCAUUUUCCCAGGUCCCAACGUUCUCCAUCCACACCCGGCACGCCCCGUUCUGCCCAUAUUCUGCCGCGAAAUAUGUCUAAUCCAGGUCCGAUUGCCCCAUCGUCGGUGCCUCCGCAAACACCUCGGCGUUUUUUUUCGAGAUUUAUUCCUGCAGUGCUGAGGAAAGGCCAUGACAAGAGGGCUGCAGCUUCUGAUAGGGAAUCAACUGAGAAUAUCCCCCCGGUACCCUCACAUUCAUUCCCUUCGCAGGCACCGGCCCCGAAGAUGGAAUAUGUCAAAUUACCUGGCACCAAAGGUGCUUUGAUGAUAAAAGCCGUUGAAACCGCCAGGAAGAGCUUCCUCGCGAUUCUUUGUGGCGAUCAGGGCGAGAAAGUAGAAUUAUUUGCAGGGACAUACCGAUCUGCGCUUGGACUGUCCAGAACCUUCAUCCUGCCAGAUUCUCCCCGCUCCUUGGAGCUUCAGCUUCAAGGCGACGACUUGGUCGAGUUGUUCCUUGUAUUUUCUCAAAAUGUUUUCGGCCUUGAGCCUGCGACAGUUCGCGUAAGAGAAGUUCGUAUUGGCAGAGCGGAGCGACGAGCUGCAAGGCGGAGAGCAGCUCUUGAGAACCAAUCCGCGGAACGAUUUCUCAGUGGAGAGGGGUCAGGCGAGGGUCGCGAUGGCCUGGCAACUAUAGGGGAUGAAGGAGCUACAAACAUCAUUACAUCCGUGGUGACCGUUGGGAAUACCCCAUCCGGGCCUUCGAGUGGGGACCGGAGGCGUACAUUCUCCGAUACCGCCCACUGGCGGCCUGAUGGCAGUGCCGCAAGACCCGCUAGCUCAUCGGACAUAGGGUCACCAUUGAUUUCGAGAACAGCGAUUGCUCCUGAAGAACUGUCGGCUAAGGCUGCUGCCCAGCUGGGCCCAUAUUCCACAUUCCAACAAUUGUCAUUCGCACCUCGAUUUCCAACAGCUAGCAUUGCUGAUGAAUGUGUCAUUCCACCCACGUAUACAUCAUACCUUGAUUAUCGUGAAGAGUGGGAAAAGAGUUAUCCUCAACAGCUUCCCGAGACGGUCGCCGGAAACCCUUCGCAAGCACCUGCUCUCCUAGUAUCUCCUCGCUGGUAUUACAAGGAUCCCAAGGGUAUACUUCGAGGGCCCUGGGACGUAGACACUAUGUAUAACUGGUUGCGUGAUGGGUUUUUACCCCCCAAUCUGCCUUUACGACAAGACAACGAAGCUACCUUCAUUACUUUACGAGCCCUUCAAGAUUCUCGACCCGGCGUCGAAAACCCUUUCGCGCCCUCCGAAUCAAACUUAGAGCCCUUUCCGUCAAAGACUACAAGUGCCAAUAUUACCUCACACCGAAUCCCUCUGCCUGAGUAUUUACUCUCCCCUAUUUCCCUUUUGGCGCAGCCUCGACACUUCGGGCCUCCUGCUCUGUUCUUUUCUUCUCGCGGUGGACACAUCACAUCUAUCGUUGAUGGAAGAGGCAGAUCGGUUUUGAAAGGGAAAUUCAUUUGGAACUCAGAUCGCUCAAGGGACCCUCAAUCUCCGCUGCCUCUUGGUGACGUGAGACGCCUUGAGGCGUUCGACUCGAAAGAUAAUCAUGCUGUCUUGGUUGCCAUCCGACAUGGCGGUAUUGAAGCUGUGAACAUGUCAGAUGCCCUUCUACAACCUGCGGAUCAGUCUCGCACAUCUUUACCUUUCUUUAAUUCCCCAAACAUUGCCACUAGCCGUCGCCGGAAUUUUGUUUGGAGGAUGGGCAGUCCCGUAGAGGACGUGUCUUCCUCCAACCUUUCCAACCACGGUAUCUCCUCCAAGAGGGAAACUGCUCUGCCUAGGAAGUCUGUGACAUUGAGCAAGAAGAUAGGUUCAAUGAAGCGCACAGACGGAACCAAAGAAAACGAGGAGAGCCCAUUACCCCUGUCGGACAACGAGAUACUAUUCCUCGGACGCUGGGGAGAUCAUGUGUACUUAUGCGAGCGUACCGCAGACUCUUUCCGAAUUCUCCGAUUGUCGCUGGCUGAAUCUUAGAACCUACGUAUUCUAUUGUGCACACUGUGCGGAACGAAACCUCAUGUCUCAAGAACUGUCUUACAUUACCUUCAACAUUUCUGACCGUUCAUUCAACUAAUUGUGGUCUUGGACUCUUGGUCAUAAUACCCUAUAUCAUCUGCAAAUUGUUCAAUCGCACAUAUGUAUUUUUCCAACAGAUUGGACUACUUUUUGAUGCUGUAGCUCCAACAAUCAUGAUUUAAUCGUCGUCAUCGUCCAGCGACCGUUCCAUCAAGGUGGGCGUUGCUCCAACAGCGAGGUCAUCGCUGAAUGGAUCGCGAACCGCUUCUGCUGCACGGAUUUCUGCUGCCUUUCUCUCUCUUUUUUCUCUCCCCUUUACCUCCUCUUCUGCCUGCUUUUUGAGAUAU